AUGGAAGAAGUCCUUGUUGUUGAUUUAGGAAGUCAAUCAAUCAGGUUUGGUUUAAAUACAGAAGGUAUAGCAAAAGUAAUAUACAUCCACUACUCUGGCAUAGAAGUGUUGAAUGUCUUUGGUCAAGAAAAGGUCAUCACACACAAAUUUAAUCCAAUUGAACGUGGGAAGGUCAUCGACUGGCAACGACUUCAAGACCUUUUUGAAGAAGCCAUUGAAAAGAUAGAGGAAGUGACCAGAUUUACAAAGAAUGAAAGGUCAUCUAUCAUAGUGACGCACUCCAUGUGCAAACAAACGUCAUUUCCGUUUCACAUGGAACAACUUUUAUUUGAGUACUUUAACUUUGGGAAGGUUGUGUUGUGUAACCGACCUCUGAUGUGUUUAAUUAGCUCUUCCAAAACGUCUGGGUGUGUCAUAGAGAGUGGUGCUGAAGUGACUCAGAUCUGUUGUUAUCAUCAAUGCAAAGUACUUGAAGGCACAGCAAUGUUUUUAGAUAUCGGUGGUGUCGACGUGACAGCAAAUUUUAACAAACGAUUUAAAACUGAUUUAAUUGACUUAGAUGUUGUCAAAAAGGCGUAUUUACUUGAAGUGGUCAUUGAUACAAAUGCACGUGGUAUAGUACUUGACACAAAGAAUUACACUCUCCCGGACAAUACCAUACUAACCAUUGGCCCAAAUAGAGUCUUAUGUGGCGAAGUAUUAUUUGAAGGGGAUUCUUCCAUAACCAAAUGGCUUGAGCGUUCCAUCGACAAUUCAAUUUUACACGACUUUAAAAGUAACGAAAUACAUUUAUAUGGUGGGACCACCCAACUUACUGGCUUCUUUGAGAAAGUGCGACAUUACGUGAGUAAGUGUUCAACUGACAAAGAGUGGGAAGUGAUUCCUCAUGACUCCGAGAUGCCUUCUUUCGACGGGGCUUGUAUGUUUUCUGCGCUUUCCUUGUUCCAGUCGCAUUCUGUGUUAUCGAAGAGUUAUGAAGAGUGUGGGACGUUUCUCUUUGAGAUCUGA